AUGGUGAUACCCCCAAUCUUCUUCUCUGGCAUCCCUAAUAACCACCAGUUUCCCUUCAAACACCCACGAUCCCAAAAAUACUCCCUUCUAGCACCCCCACCAGACUCACCAGAACCCCUCUCCGACCCAGAAAACUCCAAGAUCAGCCUCACAGCCCCAGACCAUCAAUUUACCCCCCAAAGAUCCCCCAAACACCGCCUCAUCGAAAUAAGCACCGCAAUCCUCCUCACCUCCCAAACACUCUACAAACACCUCACCCAAGUCCCCCACGAGCUCGCCGCCCAACAAGCAAUAACAUCCAUCUACGGCCUGGAUCUCUCGCCGGUGUAUUCAUACGGCAAAAACAGCACCGAAGCCAUAACCAUGGGUUGUAUCUUCGAUAUGUCAGCAUCCGGCUGGACACCACCGCAAUGCACGGAUGCGGAGCUGAUGGCGCAGUUUAAGGCGAGCGGAUGGAGGUUCUGGGAGGAUAGGGAACGCACGGUUGAGGUUGGUCUUGAUCGUAUUGCGGCGAGUGCUAGUGAGGAGGAACCCAGGGAGGUGUUUUGGAGUGAGCCUGGGUUUCAUGAGAAUCACUGUGCUUUGAGUAUGUGUUUUUUCUUUUUUGUCGUCGUCUUUUGCUUCGUGAUUCUUGGGAGUUGGAAGGGUGUGGAUGCCAGGUGUAUAGUGCUGAUUUGGAGUAGUGUGGGGAGGUGAUACAGAAGGUUCGUGAGUUUACUACUGUUGGGACCUAGAGAAAGAAGGAAGUAGUAAUAACCCUAUAUUCUAU